CGGAUAGAGUUUCCUUGUUUCUGCUCAGUGUCUUUCUCUCAAGCUACUGAACCAAGGUACUCAGAAAUGCUAGCAAACCCUAGUGGCCUCCAUAGCAGGCCCUACUGUCCUCACCGCUCUUUAUUUUCACUCACCAGUCGCCGUUGCAAUCUCUUCCUCUCCCUCAAUUGCCCUCGGUUUGUUAGUCCCCACAAGCCCAAGCCUUCUUCGCUAUCUCGAAUUUUGUCGAGAAAAUGUAGAGAACGGUUCGGCAUUAGAGCGUUGGUGGAUCCUGAUGUCUCGUCGGUUGUCAGCGAUGACGCGCCUUUCUUCCCACAAGCUGUCUCUGUCAGAAUUCCGUAUGGGGAUAGACAUAUUCUGGUUGAGACGGGUCAAAUAGGGAGACAAGCUAGUGCUUCGGUCACUGUGACUGAUGGAGAAACCAUCAUCUACACUUCUGUUUGUUUGGCUGAUAUUCCAAGUGAACCUGGUGACUUUUUUCCUCUUUUCGUAAAUUAUCAAGAGCGUUUCUCUGCAGCUGGUCGGACUAGUGGAGGAUUUUUCAAAAGGGAAGGGAGACCAAAAGAUAAUGAGGUGCUUAUUUGUAGAUUGAUUGAUCGGCCUCUACGUCCAACUAUGCUUAAGGGAUUCUACCAUGAGACUCAGAUACUUUCUUGGGUUCUGAGCUAUGAUGGUCUGCACCCUCCUGAUUCCUUGGCAGUCACAGCAGCUGGGAUAGCAGUAGCCCUUUCGGAAGUCCCAAGUUCAAAAGCAAUUGCAGGAGUUCGCGUUGGUCUAAUUGGUGAUAAGUUUGUUGUGAAUCCAACGACCAAGGAGAUGGAAGACUCACAGUUGGAUUUGUUAGUGGCUGGCACUGAUAGUGCAAUAUUGAUGAUAGAGGGUUAUUGUAAUUUUCUCCCCGAAGAGAAGUUGCUUGAAGCUGUACAAGUUGGGCAGGAUGCAGUGCAAGCAAUUUGUUAUGAGGUGGAGGCUUUGGUUAAAAAGUGCGGGAAACCAAAAAUGCUUGAUGCAAUCAAAUUGCCACCUUGUGAGCUGUAUAACCACGUUGAAGAAAUAGCUGGUGAUGAAUUGGUGAAGGUGCUACAAAUUAAAAGUAAAAUACCAAGAAGGAAGGCAUUAUCAUCGUUGGAAGAAAAGGUGAUUACUAUACUCACAGAAAAGGGGUAUGUCAGUAAAAGUGAAAGUUUGGGAACUGUUGAAAUGGUACCAGAUCUCUUGGAGGAUGAAGAUGAGGAUGAGGAGAUUGUUGUGGAUGGUGAAGUAGAUGAAGGUGAUGUACAUAUUAAGCCAAUUUCACGCAAAUCAAUUCCCCAGUUGUUCUCUGAGGUGGAUGUAAAGCUGGUUUUCAAAGAAGUCACGUCCAAAUUCUUGCGGAGACGUAUUGUUGAGGGAGGCAAAAGAAGUGAUGGGAGGACACCUUAUGGGAUACGUCCAAUCAAUUCACAAUGUGGAUUACUUCCAAGGGCACAUGGAAGUACCCUUUUCACACGGGGGGAAACUCAGUCACUGGCAGUGGUAACGCUUGGUGAUAAGUAUAUGGCACAGAAAGUAGACAACCUUGUGGAUGAAGGGGAAUAUAAGAGGUUCUAUCUUCAGUACUCGUUUCCUCCAUCAUCUGUUGGGGAAGUUGGGCGGAUGGGAGCACCUAGUAGAAGAGAGGUUGGUCAUGGAACGCUUGCAGAGAGAGCUCUUGAACCUAUAUUGCCUUCUGAAGAUGAUUUUCCUUACACCAUACGUGUUGAAAGUACCAUCACCGAAAGCAAUGGCUCUUCAAGCAUGGCAUCUGUUUGUGGAGGUUGCUUGGCUUUGCAAGAUGGUGGAGUUCCAGUUAAGUGCAGUAUCGCUGGGAUAGCAAUGGGACUGGUUUUGGACACCAAAGAAUUUGGAGGAGAUGGAACACCGCUUAUCCUCUCUGACAUCACUGGUUCUGAAGAUGCUUCUGGGGAUAUGGAUUUUAAGGUUGCAGGAAGUGAAGAUGGCGUGACUGCAUUUCAGAUGGACAUCAAGGUUGAAGGAAUUACUUUGCCUGUUAUGGAAAAGGCACUUCUACAAGCAAGGGAUGGCCGAAAGCGCAUUCUUGCUGAAAUGUCAAAGUGCUCACCGCCUCCUUCUAGGAGGCUCUCUGACUAUGCACCAUUGAUUCAUCUUAUGAAGAUCAACCCAGAGAGAGUCAACCUUAUCAUUGGUUCUGGCGGGAAGAAAGUGAAGAGUAUUAUUGAAGAAACUGGGGUAGAGGCCAUUGACUUGCAAGAUGAUGGCAUAGUAAAGAUUACUGCUAGGGAUCUGUCAAGUCUGGAGAAGUCCAAAUUGAUAAUUAGCAGUCUUACAAUGGUUCCAUCUGUUGGUGACGUCUACAGGAAUUGUGAGAUCAAGUCAAUUGUCCCUUAUGGAGCUUUUGUUGAGAUUGCCCCUGGACGAGAGGGACUUUGUCAUAUUAGUGAGCUGAGUUCAAACUAUUUACCAAAAGCAGAAGAUGCUUUUAAAGUUGGAGACCGAGUAGAUGUCAAACUUAUUGAGGUAAACGACAAGGGACAGCUUCGCCUUAGCCGUCGAGCACUACUUCCUGAGACAGUUGUAGAGAAACCUGGUGGAGAGGAUGCUAAUGACUCUUCCCAAGAUACUGCAGCUUCCCAUAAAGCACUUGUUAAGAGCAAAGACAAAAAAAUUGUGAAUAUGCCAAAGGAUGCCUCUGCUGAAGAAAAAGUCCAACAUAUCAAGGCUAAUUUCAGUUCUUUAAAACAAAUAAGGACCCCAAAAGAUAAUUCAGGAGAGGGCACUCUAACUCCACGAAAGAAGGCAUUCAAGAAAAUAGCCACCCCCGCCAAGGAUUUACCUGAUAUGAGCAAAGACAUGACAAGAAAUAGCAGCAGUAGAACAACUAGUGGCAUGACCACCAAAGAGGGAAGUGAGCUGGUGAAUGGAGAGGCAAAAGUCGGAUAGCAAACAUAUUUUAUCUGAUUGCAAGGGGCUAAUUGGUUCCCAUUGCCAUGAAGAAAUGAUGUUAGAAGAUCCUCCAUGGUUAAAAGAAACAAAAGAGGGGAUUUUAUGCCAGUGUCUUCCUCCUUGAGCUUGCACUUGUUUUUGUCAAGGAACAAGCGGGAGCGGUAAGAAUCCAAUAUCUCAUAUCUAUUGGAGAAAAUGGCUCGGGCAAUGGUGAUCUGCUGAAGAAUUGAUUGUUAAUCGGAGCGUUUUGCACGGGAAGAAAGUCUUGCUGGAAAGUAGAGACAGUCUUGCCAUCUCUUUAUAUAAUAUCUUUGCCCAUAAUAACUUUUGUUUAUCAUUUCCUACUUCUCUGUUCCUCUUGUUGUUAUGUUCGUGAGCAGGGUGUUCGCUAGUAGUGGUUUGUUUGUAACCUUAUUUCAUGCUUGAAUAGUAUUUUGAAAAGCCUUCCACCAAUAAUGGUGGUGGUUUGAUGUUUAGGAGUACGCUAGUCAUGUUUUCUCACUAGGGAUUAAUCUUCUCUGUAGACAUGAGUUUACAAAUAAAUUUUUAUGAACUUACUUGA